AAAAGACGAGACGAGUAUUGUAAUGGCGAGUCAAAUACUGGAUGUGUUCAAUUCUUUUGAGUCCGAAGAGCAGUUAGAACAUUCAUCAAAAGAUGAAAAGAAGGUGGCUGUAGAUCCUUUAAAAACCGAACCGAACUACAAAAUGCUUAAAAUCAAAGAAAGUGGUAGUCAGAGAGAUAAUAGAAUUGAAUCAAAGAACCCAAAGGAAGAAAUUAGUGACAGAAAAGAUCAAGACACCAUGGAAGCGGGUAACGUGAUCGAUAGUCAAUUACAGAAUGUGUCUUUAUCUAUUGAGUCCGACAAGCAGUUGAAACUUACAGCAAAAGAAGAAGAAAAUGUUGUUGCAAAAUCUUUCAUAGACGAACUGAACUACAAUAUGGCAAAACCCAAAGAAAGCGACAGUCAGAAAGAAGGCAAAAACGAAUUUGCGGACACAAAAGAAGCAACUGGCGACAGGAAAAUAUAUCCUAGCGAAAACAAUGAAGAUGGUAAUAUGAUGGCGAGUCCAUUACAGAAUAUGUUCAAACUUGUGUCCGAGGAGCAAUUAAAAAAUACGACAAAAGAGGAAAAAACGGUUGUUGCAGGAUUUUUGAUAGCCGAACUGAAUUACAACAUGAUAAAACUUAAAAAGAGCGACAGCCAGAAAGAGAAAAAAAUUGAAUUGGAGAAAACAAAUGAGGUUUCUGGUGACAGUUCUGAUGGUGGUAUGUCGGUGAAAAGAUACUUGGAAGUUAACUUUCCUAACAAUAAAGAAACUGAUACACAUGUCCUGGAAAAUCAUGAGAACACGAACAACAAAGAGCCUUUUGGCGGUAAUGGAAAAGGAGGUAAAAAGGAACCAAAUGUAGACUAUACAUGGUUAAUGAGUUCAUCAGUGAAUGAUAUAACAAUUCCACAGCUAGAAAAUAAGGCAUUACAAAAGGUUAUCGGUCAAGUAAAACAAGAGGAUUGUAACAAAAUAUUAGCUCUUUUCAGAAACUCGGUUCAAGACAAGGACAUUCAACAACCGAAUGAACUGCCAUCACUACUGAUGGAUAGCGCAUUUCAAGUUCUUGAAAAAAAGAGAUCUGAAGAUGUAUUAUUAGUUGACUUGUUACCAACUAUAAUUGGAAACAGCAAUGACGGUGAGGAUGACCAACCAAGUACUUCGGUUGUUCAACCUAAGAAAAAUGAUAAAGAUUGAUUGUCUUUUUGACAAGGAUAAAAAAAACUAUCUAUUUCACAUGAUAUAAUGUAUAUAGAAACGCUUAUUUUUAUUGACAAAGAGCAAAUAAGACUGAAAUACUAGUACUAGAUGUUUAAUGUAUUAAUACGAGAUUGGAAGUUAUAAAAUCUCUGUAUACUUUCAACUAAGCUGACAUAGAAUUUGUAAAAAAUUUCUAUUAUACGGACGGCGUGAUUGAAUUCUGAAACGCUAGAUUCAAUUUUUGAUGUUAGAAUACAUGUGAAGUGAAUUAACUUUUCUGUCUUACAAAAUAGUUACCCGUGUGUUUAGUCAAUCAUUUAUAAAAUGUUACUUUUUGAAUAUUUCUGCGUAAAAUUAACACUCAACGCUAUGGCCAAUGGCAUUGGUAUUGGAUAACUUGAGAACAAGAUUGUGCUAUUUAUCAAGGUAGUCACAGUACUAGACACAAUCAUUUGAAUAGCGAAAUUCCUUCGCAGUGAACGCAGUUAUUGUUAUUUAUUCUGUAAUUUUGUAAAUGUGGAAUACUUAUCAUCAUGUUUGUUGAUGUAAUAUACAUAUAUUUAAAAAAAAACAUUAUCUGAUAAAUUAUGUAUAAAUCACAUAGAAAACUAAAAACUGAACAACAAAAACCGGGGAUAUACUCAUGUGAUCUGGAAGGGUAUUCACUUCCUGUAUCACUGGUGUCACUCGGUCAUCAAAUUAUUAGAAAUAUGUGUUUAUGAAUUGUUUUAUAUUAUCGAUACAAAUAAACGCUUCUUGUUA